UUGAAACUAAACGCAGUGAUGGUUUGCAUUUGAUUUGACAAUUUUGACAUUUUGACAACAAUGGUGGAGGAAAGGUGGAAUGGAACGGAAUCCAUGACAUUUUAGGCCGUGUUCUUCGUUUUCUGUGAUGAAAAAUAUCAAUAAUGAUACAUUUCUCAUUCCUAUUAUUAGAGGGGAAAUAUUUGCUAUAGUAUUCCACUCGCGUUAAACUCAAAAUAAUAAGAAUGUGUGAUGUCUGCUCUGAGUUUUCCCAGCUUUUACUAAAUUGUGAAGCAAGAUUAACUGACGAUGUCUCCCAAUAUCCGACUAUUAGUCAAUCUGAAUUGGAAACUGUAUUGAACUACAUUCUUUCAUGGCCACAAAGGCAAUGCAUGUGCUGCUACAGAGAUGUGAAGAACUUUGAAAGAUUCUACCUGGUUGUGCAGAGUAUACUCUGCCUGUCAGUGUGUCAAUUGAAACAACUGAAAGAUGACUUGAUUGAAGCAGCCAAGGCCCCAGCCCCUGAUGACAAUGCUAGCAAAGAGGAGACGAAACCUCCAGAUGAAAAAACAGCUCCUAAACUAGAAGAAAAUACUAGUGUAGGCAAAGAUGAAGUACCUACACCUAAAGAACCAGACACAAAAACAUUACAGGAGGAAAAGCCAGAAAAGAAAGAUGAAGAACAGAGGGAUACCAACAAACCCUCUUCAUCAACAGCUGAAGAGGGAGAAGUGUGGCCAAUGCAACAGAAGGAAAAGCUCCUGCAUAUUGUUUCAAAGAUAUUUUUACUUAACUUCCCGCUGUACUUAGCCUGCAAACACUCCGCCCUCAGUAGACUUGAUGACCUCACAGCUCAAGAAAUAUCCAACUUAAGUUCUUAUUGUGAUCUCCAUGACACUGAAAUUCCUGCAUAUUUACUUAGAAAUGUCAGUUUAUUUUGCAAGCUGGGUGGAGUCUGCGCCAUGACCUCUGUGUUUGAGCAUGCCACCCCAGCGUCUCUGCCGUUGUCUAUGGCACAUGCCAUUGUGGCCGCUGUGGGGAACCUCAAGCUGUGGUUGAACUUCAGGGCGGUGGCGCAGCUGUUCAUGCCAUUGAGAACAAAGAUCUUGAAGUACAUGUGCAAUUUGGAAGAUAAAGACCUGAGAGUACCAGCAGUGAAAUCUAUGGCAGACUUCAUGUGGGGAGCAGCGAAGGAGCCUCUAGAUGCACCUCUAGCCUUUGACGGUGAUGGCUUGGGGCUGGCCUUCAAGUACUUCAACAGCAGCACUCUGACCAUGCGUCUGGCUGGCAUCGCUCAGAUCAAUGCCCACAUCGCAGCCCACAACGAGCUGUGUGCUGGAGAGCCUGCCGCAGACGCAGAGCUUGCUGGGCAACAGCUGGCCCAGUGGCUUACUAAUAACAACAUCAUUGAACAUCUGUUUGGACCCAACUUGCAUGUUGAAGUAAUAAAGCAGUCGCACAUGAUCCUGAAGUUCCUGGCGGUGGAGGGCCGCAUCUCACCGGAGCACAUAGAGCUGAUCUGGGCGGCAGCGCAGCUGAAGCACUGCGGGCGGCAGGUGUACGACCUGCUGCCCGGGUUCAUCAGGGCAUUGGCACCGAAGCCGUGCACACAUCUGUAUAGCUUACUGUGUGCGCUGCCACCUAAGGAGCAUACUGAGCAGAGCCUCUACCUGGCCUCAGCACUCAUGCGCGCGAUGUGGUCGCGCGGCGCGGCGGCGGCGGAGCUGGCCACGCCCCCUCUAGGGGAGGAGGCGCUCCGCCCCCCGGCCUCCUGCAAGCCGCACCACAACUCGUCGUCAGAGGCCAGUGUCAGCAUGGACCAGACUAAUAGUGAUGAUGAUCCGUGUGAGGAGUUGAGUACAUCGGGCGAGGAGGCGGGCCCGACACCGCGCAAGCAAGCCAAACACCCUGAACAAGAAUGGCUUCGUGAAGGCGAAGAACUCGCUAAGAAAGAAUGUGCAACACUUAAGUCUUGCCAAAAACGCAGCAAGCCGCGCGCCGGCAGCAGCGGCAGCGCGAGCAGCGGCGCGGAGGAGCUGCUGCGCCCGCGCAAGAAGAAGCUCUACAAGAAGCGCCACAAGCCCGGCAAGACGCGCCACUUCCCAGCAGCACAACUGAAGACGGCCGAGCUGGCGGAAUCAGUCUCAGAAGUGGAGGAGGAGUCUUCAGGAAGCGACACGGCGCACUGCCAGCUUCUCUGCGACAAUGUGGAUGCCAGAAGGCUAAUGGAACUUCGUCUAAUGGAGUCGUACAAGCGUCGUGAAGAGGAAGAAGGCAGUGCAUCGUCAGCCCUGUCCCCUCACUCGCAUCGACACCUGCCGUCGUUAGAUGAGGACGACUCCGCUUGCGAAGAGGAACUGGCCAGAUUGGCUGCACAGGCGCAAUGCCUCACAGAGUACGCGGGCGGCGCGCGCGGCCGCCCCCCCUCCCCGCAGGCGGCCCCCUUCAACGUGGACGACGUGUGCCGCCCGGGACACACGCUGCUGUGGGACCUGCUGCAGGAUCAUACUGCUGAGCAACUAGCCGAAGGCCUCGCGCUAGAGGCGGAGAAGGCUCUGUGUGCGCUGCUCUGCUUCAGCACGGACAAGUUUAUACGCAUCAAGUUCAUCGAGGGUUGUCUGGAUAACCUCGCCAAUCACAGGUCUGUGGCGGUAUCUCUUCGACUUUUACCGAAGUUGUUUUCGUCGUUUCAACAAUUACGAGGCAUGGAUAUGCAUCAGGUGGUGAUGUGGGCGGAGCGAGAGCGCGGCAUGAUGCGUCUGUUCUUCGAGGACCUGCGCCACUUCACCGCGCAGAAGGUGCCUCCCGGGGACGCGGCGCACUACGCGCAUAUUACGGAGUUGACUGUGCGCCUUCACUUCCUGACGGCGAUAUUCUCGCCGGUCGGGUCGCCGCAUAACUUCCGCCUUACAGUGGAGCAAGUGGAGACGCUCUGGGACUGCCUCGUAGUCCGCAGCGGGCCGGAGUGCGCGGACUGCCUCUACUCGUGGCUGCUGUCUCACAGCAAGAGCGCCGAGCAGCACGCGCUGGGCGCCGACGCGCACCGCUUCCUGUACCAGGACAAGAUGCCCACUAGGGAGCCUGAGACGAUGAGCAUAAUGGGCCUCAGCCUAUACCAACAGCUGUGCAACUUGGCUCGCAUGGCGCUAGGCGCGGGCGACGGGCGGGACGCCGCGCCUCCACACGCCGCCGCCAUGGACCACCUGUGGAAGAUCGCUCUAAGGGCUAAUAGCACAGAUGUCUCAAUGGGCGCCAUCCAGUAUUUAAACAGCUACUACAUGGGCCAGCAGCUUCAACAAGAAGACGAUUUCGUCUCCAAAUGCAUGUUCCACCUGUCAUCGGCGGCAGAAAGACUCAUCUCAAAGAACCAGGACGACGGCGAAGCGUCCACUUCGAAGAAACUUCCAGAAGGGGAAGGCAAGGGGGCGGGGGAGAAGAAGGAGGAAAAGAAGAAUAUUUACGAACACAUGACCGAGGAGGCGGCGCUGCAGUGCAUACAGAGGGCGCUGCUGCUGCUCAAGACGCAUUUGGACACGUUCAAACGACGCUACGCCUACCACCUGCGUCGCUGGGCGCUGGCCGAGAGCGGCGGCUGGGCCGGAGUCCCCGGGGCGGCCGGCACCAUUCGUCUGACAUUACAGCCAGCUGGGGCCGGCCCCCGUGCUGUGAUAGCUCUGCACCAGAGCGAUCUGGUGGCGCAUCUGAGAGCACACGUGCAUGUGUGGUGGGAGAAACAGAUUCAAGGAGAAGAGGGAGUGACGACGUUAUCAACUGAUGGUCCACUGCGGAUGAUCACACAGGGACAAGAAUUGACCAUCGAUUAUGACGAACGGACUUUAUACGACAUGGGCUUCAAGGACAAUCAGCUAGUCUUCGUCUCCGUCGGCGUGUGCGGUCGCGGCGGCGGCGCGUGGUCCGAGUGGGACGCGGCACCUGCCCGCGCCCGCCUGCCCACGCUGCUGCUGCUGGAGCCCGGCUACUUCCACCAGCUGUUCACGCUCAUGCAGGCGCUGGGCCAGAUGAAGGAGCCCGCCGGGAACGGGGAAUCCGUGGCCCACAUGAAAGCGCAACUGCUGUCUCGCCGCGUGUGGGACAUCCUGCAAGCCGUCCCGCUAAACCCAACCUUACUAGAAGCGUUCCAAAACCCAUCGGAAAGCAAACUGCCUGAACUACUCGACCCGACGAGUCCCCAGAAACUUAUGUAUUCACUCCACAUUGUUGACAAACUGAGUUCCACUGGGACAAGCCCGAACAUGGCGAAGGAAGCUUCUGGAAGCGUCGAGAAGAAUGAAGAAGAGAAAUCCGUGGAGAACUGGAAUGAGCUGUUUAUAAAGAAGGGAGGAUUGAGGACGCUCUAUGAUAUUAUGAUGUCGGGAGUGUUACAACGCAGUGACGACAGCGAGUGGCGGCAGGACUGCCUCGCGUUAUUACUGCAGUUGCUGUGUCGCAUCGGCACGUUGCCCUCUUCAGACCCCGCGCAGACUCCCAAACUACACCCGUCCUUACUAUCGUUGAUGAGCGUGGAGGACACAACUGAAAGACUGAUAUCGAUACUGUGUGAGGCCGCGACGCCUAAAGAUCCAACCACCUACAAAACCGGCUUUUGGGGACGUGCUCAGGUGGUGCAACACGCGAUGCGCAUGUGCGUGUGGUGGGCGCGCGGCGGCGGCGACGCGGCGGCGCUGGCGUGGAGCCUGCGCCGCGCCGCCCCCCGGCUGCUGUUGGACGACGCUGAUCCUGCUGUGCGUCGCGAGGCCGGCAGCGCCCUCUACCGGCUGUGCGCGGGGCGGCAGGUGGCCGUGCUGGCGCCGCUGCUGCAGCUGCUGCUGGAGCACCUGCCGCGCGCCGCCGACAUGAGGCCGCACCACGAGGUGGUCCAUCACCACACGGAAGAGGGCAAGGAGCCGUACGGGCCGGCGUGCCGCGACUACUUCUGGCUCGUCUGCCGGCUUAUUGACGGCCUGCCUGAAGACUUCUUUAAAGAAGGCGCAACAUCCGAAGACAGUGGCGCCCCCGACCUCAACGAGCUAUGCGAGCAGAUCCGCUGCUCCCUAGAGAAGCGAGAGAUCAUAGAGAAGCGAGCGGAGGGCAGCGCGCCGGACGACGGGCUCUACGGGCAACUGAGUCUACUCACGCACCUGCUGAAGCAUCCGCUCAGGUUCAAGACCAGCCAUCUGGGGGUGCAGACUAUACAUAUGGUAUUCGGUUUCCUGUUCGACGUGCCGAACCCUGACAAGCGUAACCUGCCCAAGUGCAAGUCCCAGAAGUCUCGCGCGGCGGCCUACGAUCUACUAGUAGAGCUAGUGAGAGGAGCGCCUGAUAACUACAUGGUGCUGCAUCACAAGCUCAUGGACCAUCACAAGCCGGGUCCACAGUCCCCAUACCCCUGGGACUACUGGCCUGCCGAGGAGUCUCGCUCCCCCUGCGGCUACGUGGGGCUCACCAACCUCGGAGCCACCUGCUACAUGGCGGCGUGUAUGCAGCAUCUGUUCAUGAUGCCCAGCGCACGCGCCGCCGUCCUGCGCGCCGACCCCGCUCAUAGCAAGCACGCCGCCACGCUCGACCAGAUGCAGAACAUGUUCGCGUACCUUAUGGAAAGCGAGCGUAAGGCCUACAACCCUCGCAGCUUCUGCAAGGUCUACCAGAUGGACCACCAGCCGCUGAACACGGGGGAGCAGAAGGACAUGGCCGAGUUCUUCAUAGAUCUGGUCUCCAAGCUCGAGGAGAUGACUCCGGAGCUCAAGAAGCUGAUCAAACAGCUGUUCUGUGGAGUGCUGAGUAAUAAUGUCGUGUCGCUGGACUGCCCGCACGUAUCUCGCACCCUAGAAGAGUUCUACACGGUGCGGUGCCAGGUGGCGGACAUGAGGAACCUGCACCAGAGCCUGGACGAGGUCACGGUCAAGGACACGCUGGAGGGCGACAACUGCUACACCUGCUCGCAGUGCUCCAACAAAGUGCGCGCCGAGAAACGGGCGUGCUUCAAGAAGCUCCCCCGCAUCCUGUGCUUCAACACGAUGCGCUACACGUUCAACAUGCUGACCAUGCUGAAGGAGAAGGUGAACACGCACUUCUCGUUCCCGAUGCGCCUCGACAUGUCCGGUUACGUCGAGAAGCACCUCAUGCCGGCGCAGUACCAGGAAGAGAAAAGGAAAUCUGAAUUAAAGAAGGAAGAUGAGAGCAGUCCGCCCGCCGAGGUCGAAGACAACCCAGAGUUUGACGAACACUAUGAAUACGAGCUAAUCGGCGUGACAGUCCACACGGGCACGGCAGACGGCGGCCACUACUACUCGUUCAUACGGGACCGAGAACACGAGCCGCACGACCGCUGGCUGCUGUUCAACGACGCUGAGGUCAAGCCGUUUGACCCAGCGCAUAUAGCUGCAGAAUGCUUUGGUGGAGAGAUGACGAGUAAAACGUACGACUCGGUGACGGACAAGUUCAUGGACUUCUCGUUCGAGAAGACGAACAGCGCGUACAUGCUGUUCUACGAGCUCAGCCCCCCGCGCGGGCAGCGCGGCUCCGACUGCGGACAGUCCGAGGAGGCGCAGUCCUCAACAGCGGGUGACUCGAGCCCCUGCUCCUCUGUAGAACGUCGUCCGUCGGACGUGGCGCCCUCUGUCAAACUACCGCCGGACCUACUCAAGUGGAUCUGGGACGACAACAUGCAGUUCCUGCACGACAAGAACAUAUUCCAGCAUGCGUAUUUCACUUUCAUGGGUCAGAUGUGCAGCUCAGUGCCGCAGUCGCUGCUGACGCUACGACCAGAGAUUACCGAGGUGGCGGCGCGCCUCUCCACGUCGUUCUUCAUAGAGACAUUCAUACAUGCCAAAGAGAAGCCCACCAUGGUGUCAUGGGUGGAGUUAGUAACAAAACAGUUCAACGCAUCGGCGGCGGCGUCCGAGUGGUUCCUAGGACACAUGGCCGACGACACCUGGUGGCCCAUGCAAGUAUUAAUAAAAUGUCCAAACCAAAUGGUCAGACAAAUGUUUCAACGGUUGUGUAUGCACGUCAUUCAGAGGCUGAGAUCUAGUCAUUGUGCCUUAUACCUACAGGGGAUGGAAGAGGAUGAUGAUAAUAGCAAGAUGGCGGAAGGAAGCUGUGUUACUAGGUUUAUAAGAAUGUUACUGUCAUUGAUGGAGAACGGCGCCCGGCAACACCUGCGCCACCUGACGGAGUACUUCAGUCUGCUGUUCGAGUUCAGCAAGAUGGGCGAGGAGGAGGGCAAGUUCAUGCUCAAGAUCAACGCCAUCUCCAGUAUGGUCAACUUCUAUUUGGGGCAGACUACGCCUUCGGCGGAGUCCCCAACCGAAGAGGCGGGCUGCAGCGGCACCACAGAGACGUCGGGCGACAAGCUGCGUCCCGGAGCGCUGGACAAGAUGGUGGCGCUAGUGGGCGGGCUGGUCGAGCGGUCGCGCGACCCCAGCGGACAGCUGACCUUGCACGAGACUGACGCUAAAGCGCUGCUGCAUGCUAAGGGUUUCCCGUUCAUUUACCAGCAGACGCGCGACUGCCUGAACCUGCAGCAGACGCGGUCGCUCAUCUUCGCGCUGUGCCGCUGGAACGAGCCGCUGGCGCAGAAGAUUGUUAAUAUGAUCUUCCAGGCUAUCGCUAAGCAUGCUGAGAGCAGCGGCCCGUUCUUCAAGCUGCUGACGCUGCUGGUGGAGGGCAGCGGCGGCGGCGCGGGCGCGGGGGGCGGGCUGCCGUGCUUCACGCAGCUGGCGCUGGCGCGGCUCUGGGACGUGGGCGACGUGUGCCCGCACGCCGCGCUCGAGUGGCUCGCUCUGCAGGUGCCACGCAACAAAGCAGCUCACGCGUGGGCUCUACGCACAGCCGACCGCUGGGUGGAGACCCAACUUCUAGCGGCCGGCUCAGCGCGGGUCAGAGCCGCCGCGGCCCUACUCCUAGUGGCGCUGGUGCCGUCACAGCACUUCCGGCAGGGGUUCGCGAGGACCCGGCCACAGCCGCAGCCGCUGUCGGCCAAGCUGCCCGAUACGGCGCACCAUACGCUGCAUCAAGUGUACACGAUGCUGCUGGGCAAGUUGAAGGCGGCGCGCAAGUACACGGACAUCGCGGUGCACGGCACCAUGAAGUUGACGGCCUACUUCGGCGUCAUGGCGUAUUGUGUGGUGUCCAGGGUUGAGAAGCUUAUGUUCGGCCAAUACUUCACGGACCUAUGGGACCUGUACCACCCGGGCAUCUCGGAGCCGUCGGUGGGCGUGCACCCCAACAAGCAGGCGUUACUGACCUUCUGGCACGCAGCCAGCGCCGACUGCGCCGAGAACCUGCAGCUGGCCGUCUCGCACGCGCCGCUGCUCAAGCACAUCGCCUUCAACUAUAUACUAGCGGACCACGAAGACGGUGAAGUGGUCUCCUACAACCGAACAAUGCUGCCCCCGUACUACGCUCUACUGCGCCUGUUCGCGCGUCGCUCGGCGUCGUUCGCGCGCGCGCUCGCGCAGCACCAGAACAUACACUGGGCGUUCCGGAACAUAGCUCCACAUGCCCAUCUGUACCCUGCUGCUGCUGAUGAGCUGCUCAGGCUGGCCCGCAUCCUGGCGUCCCGCAGCGGCGGCGGCGGCGGCGGCGGCAACAGCAGCGGCGGCAGCAGCAGCGGCGCGGAGGGCGGCCCCGCGCCCGCGCCCGACGCCCGCGACGCCGCCGCCUUCCGACGGAGCACGCUGUCCGCGUAUCUACAGGGUUUGAAUGGCCGGACAUGUUGGACGACGCUCAUAGCGGCGUUCUGCACGCUCGUGGAGAACGAGGACGACCGCCUGUACGUCGUGUACAACGGAGGGCUGCAGAUGAUCUUUGAGGCGUUACACAGCCUCCACGCGCUGUACCACGAAGGCGCGCACGGCGAAGCGGGCGUGCGCGCAGAACUAUGCGCAGCGCUCCGCUGGGCGCGUGCGCUCUGCCGCUCAGUGCGCACGCGCCGCGAGCCGAGCGACGCAAGGGCCGUGCUACUGGCGUGUAAGGACUGGCCGGAGGGAGCUAGGAGAUUGUUGACCUUGUUGAAUGUGCAUACAAGGCCGACGCACCUGAGGGAUGCUGCGCUAGGAGUCCUCAAAGAGCUAGUCCUAAUAGGCGGCGGGGCAGCCCUAGGCGCCCUAGUGCCUCUGCUAGCCCACGCCCAUGCCGCCGCCCGCGCCGCGCCGCCUCCGCACAAGCCGCGGGCCCCGAGGCCGCAUCUGCACAUGACUGUACCGCCGGUGCGAAGGGCUGAGGCGGCGGCCUUGCUGCAUGUUUAUAGGCCGUAUCAUAGGUUUAUAGACACAUGCUGCCGAGUGGCGCGCGCCCAGCGCUGCAUGUCGGAGCAGCUGGUGCUGCUGUCAGCACUGUGCGCGCUGGAGGCCGUGCCGCUGCGGUUCAACUACUUCGCCACCUUCUGGAACGAGGUCGCUGCCACGCCGUCGGACGCGAAGCUGGCGGAGAUGCUGGCGGAGUGCGGCGCGGCGGCCGAGUACGUGGACGCCGUGCUGCUGGACGAGCGCGCCGCCCUGCACGACCCCGCCGUGCACGCCUUCCUCCAGCACUAUUACCCGCAGCUCGGCAGCGGCACCGCAGCAUCCUCCGCCGCAGCUCUCGCCGAGGAGCUCGCAGCGCACGGCGGCACCGCGCCGCUGUCCACGCUGCUCGGAGACGUGCGCGCGCUGACGCUGCUGCUGGGCGGCGCGGGGGCGGGCGCGGCGGCGGCGGGCGCGGCGCUGAGGGCGGCGCGCGCGCUGCAGAGGCGGCUGGUGGCUGCUGCCGACGAGGAGACCUCCGAACCAGAAGCGCUACCCGAAGCCGCGGCCGAGCCGGUCCGUUGCACCACGCCGGACGGCAGCGAGCCCGAGGAGCCGGACGACCUGGCCGACGAGUCCCCGGCCGAAGAGCCCCCCGCGCCCCCCCGCGGCGCCGCCUACCUGGCCGAGCUGCGCGCCGCCGCCGCCGCCCUCGCCGCCGCCGCGCAACACGCGCUAGCCGAUGGAUAG